AUGGAGGAGGACCAGCACAUCGCGGACGCAGUCAGCGCAGAGGCACGCCGUCGAUACUGCGGGCUGCCGGCAGGCGUGAUGGCGAAGCUCACGCCAUGGCCAUGCUACCUGGUGCUCGAGGCGCACUCUCAGGUGGUGGCGGGCACAAACUACUUUCUGAAGGUUCGCGUCUCCGCCGAUGGAGAGCCGCUCGAGUGCGUGCAGUUGCGGGUGUUUGUGUCGCUUUUUGGCGACCCGCCCGCUUUGGCGGCGCUGCGGAAGGGAGCCGCUGCUGCUGGAGCCCUGUCCUACUUCGCGGAGGAGGAAGGGGAACGUUCAACGUAA